AUGGUGAUUACUGCUAGUAUACAGCCAAACAAUGAGCAAGGCGGACCACAAUUUGUUGGAUUCGUUCUCGAACCUUCCAUGCUCGAGCCUGAUCGCCCUGAUCCAUUGAGCCCUCCUCGGUACGAAGAUGCUCUGAAAGCAGUAAGCGCUCCACCACGAUACGAAGAGCAAUCUACAGGAUCCAGUACUCCGGUAAGAAGCAUAGAGUUACCGCCUAGUGGAAGAACAACAGCAAGAAUUGAAUCAUCAGUCGAUGAGAUGUCUUCUAUGGAUGGUGAAGUAGAAGAUGUGACAUCACCAAGGCCGUCGCGGAGUACUCGUUAG